AUGGCAGUAUAUCGCGACGCCGCCCGUGUACGCGUCUCUGUACACGCUAGCGUGUAUAGGGGUGCAACUCCCCGGAGAAUAGCGAGGGGCUGUAAUUACUAUCAGCCAACCGAGCUUUACCUCAUAUCGCAGCCUCGCUUCUCCGUGGUACUUAAUACGCCACGGUGGGCCUCCUGCCAGCCCCCCCUCUUCUGGCUAUGUCUAUUUCUCUUGUUCGCCCAGCCCCGGCUGCGCUGCCCUCUCGGUAGUUUCCUUUCUCAUCAUGUCUCUUUCUCUUCACCGGCGCUAAAUAGCAAAACUCCCAUCAUACACAAUAAACUCUUUAUGUUUUCUUUAUGUUUUCCAGUUCGGUUUAAUGGUUUGCGUAGCCUUUGUGUGUCCUCUGUUAGCUGA